AUGGUAGGAUCAUACGAUAUCAAAUACGAACCAAGAACAGCAAUGAAAGCUCGGAUCCUAGUAGAUUACGUGGCCAAAACAACAACACACGAUCAACCCACCGAGGUAGACAAGGGCUUGGUCAGCUGGAUAUUACAAGUAGACGGAGCACCAAACAUGGCCGGAGCAGGGGCAGGCAUGAUAUUAAGAGGACCACAUAAGAUAAAAAUGCAAAACUCAAUCCACCUGAAUUUUCCGGCAACCAACAAUUCAGUAGAAUACGAAGCCCUAAUAGGAGGAUUGACAAUGGCGACAGUAGUCAAGGCCGAGUUCAUCAAAAUUCAGAGUGACUCUCAACUGGUGGUUAACCAAGUACUCGAAUUAUUUGAGGUCAAAGAUCCAGAAAUGAAAAAAUAUGUAGAUCGAGUUAAAGAGCUGCUCGCAAAAAUUACUGAAGAAGGUGGAAAAUGGGAAUUAGAGCAAAUACCCAGAGAAGAGAACACAGAGGCAGACACAUUGGCAAAGGCUGGAGCAGCCAAAGAAACAGUACCAGUCAUACCAUGCUCGAUCCAAAACUUCAGCAGUAUCCAAAAUCCCGAGGCAACAUUCCUCAUCAACCUAUGCCUCACGGUUGAAGAAGGAGAAUAUGUCUUAGCCGAAAUGCACGAAGACAUGUGUGGAAGCCACAUCUCCCAUUUAGCACUCUGUCGAAAAGCGGUAUUACAAGGUUACGACUGGCCGACAAUGGCACAAGAUGCAGCAAGCUUGGUACAAAAAUGCGAGAAAUGUCAAUAUCACCAGAAUGUGCAUCAUCAACCCAUAACCGAGCAAAGUCCGAUAAUAAGUCCCUCGCCAUUCAGUACAUGGGGUAUUGACAUCGUUGGCCCCUUCCCGACAGCAAGUGGGCAAAGGAGAUUCUUCAUAGUAGCUGUCGAUCAUUUCUCCAAAUGGGUGGAAGCUGAAGCUGUCUCCACCAUAACAGAAGCACGAGUGCGAAGGAAUCGAUCUAAGGUUCACCUUGGUCACCCACCCCAGACCAAUGGGAUGACCGAGAGAACCACGCCGAAAGCCGGCAUAGGAAGAACCCCAUACAGCCUAACCUAUGGGUGUGAAGCAAUGGUACCCGUAGAAAUAGGCAUGCCUACCAUCAGAGUACAAUACUUCGAUGAGCAACAAAACGAAGAAAACACCAGACUUUGCCUUGAUUUGCUAAAAGAACGAAGAGAACAGGCACUGAUGCACAUCGAAGCAUACAAGUAG